GGAUGCCUGACAAGGAGAAUAUGUCUAAUAGUAGCCUCUGUUCAAUCUCAAAGAACAGCAAUAAGGUACCAUCAGAAAAAAUCCUCCGAGCUGGAAAAGUAUUACGGAAUACGAUCCUCUCCCGUGCUCCUCACAUGAUAAGAGACCGGAAGUACCACCUGAAGACCUACAGACAAUGCUGUGUAGGAACAGAACUGGUAGACUGGAUAAUGCAGCAGAGUUCCUGUGUUCAUUUACGGACUCAGGCUGUGGGCAUGUGGCAAGUAUUGCUGGAGGAAGGUGUUCUCAAUCAUGUGGACCAGGAGCAGUACUUCCAGGACAAAUAUUUAUUUUAUCGAUUUUUGGACGAUGAGCAUGAAGAUGCCCCGGUGAUGCCAACUGAGGAGGAAAAGAAGGAAUGUGACGAAGAGCUACAAGACACCAUCCUCCUGCUUGCUCAGAUUGGACCGGAUGCUCAUAUGAGGAUGAUUCUUAGGAAGCCACCUGGCCAGAGAACUGUGGAUGAUCUCGAAAUUAUUUACGAAGAACUUUUGCACAUUAAAGCUUUAUCUCAUCUUUCAACAACAGUAAAACAAGAACUAGCAGGCUUUCUGGUGUUUGAAUCACAUCCCAAAGCAGGGACAGUUUUAUUUAAUCAGGGAGAAGAGGGGACGUCUUGGUAUAUUAUUCUGAAGGGUUCAGUCAACGUAGUAAUUUAUGGAAAGGGUGUGGUGUGUACUCUACAUGAAGGUGAUGAUUUUGGCAAGUUAGCAUUAGUGAAUGAUGCUCCCAGAGCAGCUUCCAUCGUUUUACGGGAAGAGAACUGCCACUUCUUGAGAGUAGAUAAAGAAGAUUUUAAUAGGAUACUCCGGGAUGUUGAAGCAAACACUGUAAGAUUGAAGGAACAUGGCCAAGAUGUCCUGGUGUUAGAGAAGGUCCCAGCGGGAAACAGGCCUUUUAAUCAAGGAAAUCCACAGCCUCUUCAGCACAAAUAUAUUGUAAUGUCAGGAACUCCAGAAAAAAUUUUAGAACACUUUCUAGAAACGAUGCGACUAGAAUCAACGCUAAAUGAAGGAAUGGAUGCCGGUGUGAAUGAUUUCGUUACAAUGCAUUGUGUAUUCAUGCCAAAUAAUCAACUUUGUCCCGCUCUGAUGGCUCAUUACCAUGCCCAGGCUUCUCAAGGCACAGAGCAAGAAAAACUGGAUUAUGCGCUGAAUAAUAAAAGGCGAGUUGUCCGUUUAGUUCUACUGUGGGCUGCUUUUUAUGGUGAUGUUUUGCCAGAAGAGGAAGCAGCAGUGGCGUUUCUGGAGGAAUUUUAUGUAUCUGUAUCGGAUGAUGCAAGGGUCAUUACAAUGCUCAAAGAGCAACUCCCAGAGCUAGAGAAGACUGUGAAACAAAUAUCAGAAGAAGCUAAAGGACCUCAGAAAAAGCACAAAGUCCUUUUGCAGCACUUUAACAUGAGUGAUGAAAGAACGCAAAAACGCCAGCCCAUCAGGGGAAGUGAUGAAAUUCUAUUCAAGGUAUACUGUGUGGAUCACACGUACACCACCAUCCGCAUUCCAGUUUUGUCAUCUGUUAAAGAAGUCCUCUCUGCAAUAGCCGACAAACUGGGCUCUGGAGAUGGCUUGAUAUUGGUCAAGAUGAGCUCAGCAGGAGUAGAGGGCAGUAGUGUAUACAGAAAAGAAGAAAACUGUAAGGAAUAUAAAAACUUGAAUUCUUUCCUUGCUUUGAUUAUGGGACUAAGCAACGUUGCAGUGAGUCGCCUCACAAUGACCUGGGAGAAACUUCCAAGCAAGUUCAAGAAGAUCUAUGCAGAGUUUGAAAGCUUAAUGGACCCUUCAAGAAACCAUAGGGCCUACAGACUGACAGUAGCUAAACUGGAACCCCCUAUUAUUCCCUUUAUGCCUCUACUCAUCAAAG